AUGGAAGAUGUUAAACAUAGCGAAAAUGCUUCGGCCGGUGACCUUCUUGCUCAGUACUCGGACGCAGAGAAGACGAAGGCGUUCCGCAAGUUGGAUUGGAAUCUGAUCCCUUUGCUUGGUGUACUGUACAUGCUGUCGUAUAUCGACAGAGGAAAUGUUGGAAACGCUUAUACGGCUGGUAUGGGUGAGGAAUGGGGCAUCACUUCCAACCAGUACUCCUGGAUCAUCACUGCGUACUACAUUGCUUACAUCGCCUUCCAUUGGUUUAUCCUGCUAUGGAAGCUGGUUUCGCUCCCAAUGUGGGUCGCUAUCAUGGCCUUCGGAUGGGGCGCUGCCAGUAUUCUGCAGGCAGCGACGACAAACUUCGCCGGGAUGAUCGCACUGCGGUGUCUGAUCGGGGCUUUUGAGGCCGGGUUCGCCCCUGGUGUUGCCUUCUUCCUGUCAUUCUUCUACCAGCGGUCAGAAAUGGGCUUCCGAUAUGGUUUGUUCAUUUCCUUUUCGCCAAUCGCCAACUGCUUUGCGUCGGCAUUGGCCUACGGCAUUGUGCAUGCGAGGACAUCGCUUGCUCAGUGGCAGUUGCUGUUCAUCGUCGAGGGCAUUCCCACUAUCUUAAUCGCACCACUGGCGUACAUGUUCCUCCCCAAAGGCCCGGGCGAAUGCCACUUCCUCACAAAGCCAGAGAAUGAAAUCGUCCGCCUGCGUGCCCUAAAAGCGCGUGGCCACGAAGAAAAGGGCAAGCUGGACCUUAAGCAGGUUUUUGCCGCUUUCUACGACUACAAGAAUUAUUUCCAAGCUGUCAUUAUCUUCUGCUUGAAUGCUGCCUUCGCCGCUCUCCCUGCAUUUCUCCCGACCAUUAUCGAAGACAUCGGCUAUUCCUCCGUACAAGCCCAAGGCCUGUCCGCACCUCCCUAUCUAGCCUCAUACUUUGUCUGCCUGGCAGCCUCCUUCGCGUCUGAUAGGCUGGGCAACCGCUCUUACUUCCUGACUGCUCUCAGCACCGUCGGCGCGAUCGGGUACCUCGUGCAAGCCCUGGUUGAAACCAGUGGCGUUCGCUACUUCGCAACAUACCUCAUCUGUGCGGGUGUCUUCCCAGCCGUCGCACUAACAUUUACCUGGGUUACCGAUAACCAGGGCUCUGCCUCGAAACGCGGGGCUGGGCUCAUGAUCUUCGGGAUGGUCGGCCAAACAGGCUCAAUCGCGGGCUCACGGUUCUUCCCCAAGGAAGAAGGGCCGUUAUAUGUGAAGGGGAUGGCGAUCAGUGCUGGGUUGUUGUUUUUUGCCGCGCUGCUGGCGCAGGUGUUGAGGUAUUCGAUGAGCAGGGAGAACAAACGCCGGGACGCAGAGAAUGGGAGUGUAGAUGUUGGAGAGAUGCCGGACGAGGUGGUCAACUCCGGCGAUGAUCAUCCUGGCUUCAGGUUCAUUCUGUGA